AUGCUAGCAACAAACAAAGCAAUGACUGCCACAACAAAUCUGGAAAAGCUAGUGUUCCUGGGACAUAAUACGGAUACGCGUGAUGGCCAGUACAUUCAGCGUUCGAGAAUCUACUUCCUAUGCGGGGCACAACUUUAUGUCUGGAUUGAUUACAUUGUGGUGGUCUAUGCGGAAGAUGAUACUUCUCAACAUUUAACAGCAACGACUGAUGUCCGCGAUUAUGCUCGCCAACUCAGUGAACGAAAGCGUCUUGAAGACCAGAGGCGCCAGGAGGACAGAUUUCUGCGUCGUUCACUUCGUCAAUCAGACAAGCUACGUUCUCUGGCUCGCGCCAAAAAAGUUGCUAAGGAACUUAGGGAGAUCGUUGCUGCUAGGAGUAACCUAGCCUUUGAUGACAGUGAAGAAGGUAUAAAUCACGGUGAUUUCGUUAGCAACCUCCGACGAAGGUUAAAAAAGGGUGGAGGUGCAGAUGGCGAUUCAUCGGAUAUUGAUGGACGGGAUGAUGAGGAAUGGGAAUGGUUAGCAAACAAAGUCUCCGACAGAUCUGUUCUCCAAGCUUUUAACCUCCAUAAUGUUAUUGCCUCAGUUUUUGAAAGAACUUGCGAGAAAUUGGGUGAUAUCCCUAUGGAGCUUUGGGCUGGCGAUGACUCAGCCCUCCAGUCACUCAGCGCAGUCACUUGGGACCUCAAAAAUAUCCCUUUGAAUGGUCGAACUUCCCAGAUGGAGGAACUCCUUACCAUUUUAAGAAAACCUCAAGUUGUGGAAACACUAACUGCUUACGAUGACGUGAAGCAGGUUUGGUCGGAGCAGGUAGAGAAAAGGGAAGUUCCUGUUCAAGACGAUUCGGAUGCUGGCGCCAUGGAAAGAACAGUCUAUCCAAGUCCUGUUGAGGGUUGUUACAAGAUUCUCGCUGUCGAUGAUCAAGGCAACACUGUUUCAACUCCUGACGGAACCACUCUUGUCAAUGUUAUCCUGCAAAAAUCGGGCGAGGACUUCUUUGGCGCCACCGUACGAAAUGAGGGCUCGGCGAUUGUUAUUGGAAGAAUUAUAAGUGGAGGGUUGAUUGAACGAACUGGCCUACUGAAUGAGGGGGAUGAGCUACUUUCGGUCAAUGGGAUCGAUUUGAUGGGCAAGGACGUGGAUCAUGUCUCGCAUAUCCUCACAAAUCUCGAUGGAAAUAUUGAUUUGCUGGUUGCGCCGGUGGUUCCGGUCACAGAGGCAUCGCUUUUUCAGGAGGAGCCUGUGGCCCAUUUGCGAGCUCUCUUCAGCUACGAGCCUUCGAACGACAUCUACAAUCCCUGUCCCGAGGCUAGCAUCGCCUUUGACAAGGGCGACAUCUUGCGAAUUCUAAACACUCGCGAUCCCAACUGGUGGCAGGCUCUUAGAAUCGAGGAGGCGGGUGCUGUGGGUGUGUCUGGUUCAAUGGCGGGCCUCGUUCCCUCUCCUUACUUCCAGCGCUAUCGUUGCCUCCUCCGUAUGGAGCGGGAAGGCGCCUACGCGGAAGAUGCUGCAGCCGGCUACUCGGAGUCCGAGGCGUCAGAACAGGAUGACGCUACAGCAGAUGCUGAGCAUGGCUUUGUUGAUAGUGAUAUCUCCUCGAUGGACACGUCGAGGAGUAGUUUGAGUCUUUGGAUGUCGUCUAAUAUGAAUACUCCCACCUGUGGAAAUGAUGGACAGGGCUUUGAGUCACUUGACAAAGAAUACCUCUGGAGUUCCCAUGGCGUCGGUCCAAAACAACUGAAGAAGUUGCGGAGAAAGAAGUCACGUAAAACGCGCUUUCUCAGCAUGGUCACCAGUCGCUUCAUGCAUUCCACUCCUCGCCGUGCCAACGAGUACGAGAUCUCCAAGGAAAUUGCCAAUCUAAGACAGACCGAUGGUGAUCAGUUGCAACAACUGGUGGAGGAGUCAGUACGCGAAAAAAUUCGUCGACCUAGUCUUCUGACCUAUGAGCUGGUUGACCUCUACUACCCUCAGCCUGAGCGCAAACGUCCUCUGGUUUUGGUGGGCCCCAAACAUGUUGGCAGACAGCAGUUAAUUGAGGGGCUGUUGCGGAGCGAACCGAGGCGUUUUGCUAUGCCCGCCAUUCAUACCACCGAUCCUGAGGCAAAAUCGACAGAGCUCCAGACCUAUGAGACUGUGACUAAACAGGACUUUCAUCGUUUGCACAAGGAGCGGGCCUUUGUUGAAUGGGGCGUCUGCAAUCACCACUACUAUGGCACCAAGGUUGCUAGCAUUGAAACCAUCAUCAAAGCUGGCAAGGUCUGCGUACUUGCUCUUCGACCUGAUUCAAUUCGAGCCAUUAGACGAACGCCCUUCUUGCCCUGCGUCAUUUUUGUCUCGCCGCCAGACAAUCUGGAGGAGAUGCGCCAACUCAGCAAACAGUGGACCAGCUCGGCAGCCAACAUCACCGAUGAGGAGUUGAAGGUGUGUAUUGAGGAGAGUCAAAAGAUGGAGCAGCACUACGGACACUUCUUCGAGUUCAUUAUUAUUCCGCGCACUUCCAAGACAGCGCUGGCGGAAUUGAAGCAGGUGGCUCUGGAUUUGGAGCGUCGGCCGCAAUGGGUGCCGGCCCAGUGGAUCGACCUCGCCUGGCAAGUGGCGGUCCAGGCCAGCGUGAACGCCACAGCAGUAACUAACGAAACCGCCCUAAUCAUGUCGGGUUGA